ACUUAUCAGAGACAGUGUCUACUUGUAGGGACAACAGAGUAAAUCUGCAUUCUCAUGGGCACUGUGGCUUGUCCUGGAAGCAUCUCAGGCUGGCAUAGUCAUACCUCUAGGAGAGUUAAUACUCUAGAAAGAGGAACAAGUCUAGAAAUAAGAUGAUAGAAAUUUCCAGAGAAUUUGAGAAAAAGCCACCAUGGAUACAAAGAUACCUCUGAGCACCCUUGCUCCAAUUUUCAUUUCUUGCACCAUGUCUUACAGUUGUUGCCUGCCCAGCCUGGGCUGCCGCACCAGCUGCUCCUCCCGGCCCUGCGUGCCCCCCAGCUGCCACGGCUACACCCUGCCUGGGGCCUGCAACAUCCCCGCCAAUGUGAGCAACUGCAACUGGUUCUGCGAGGGCUCCUUCAAUGGCAGCGAGAAGGAGACCAUGCAGUUCCUGAACGACCGCCUGGCCAGCUACCUGGAGAAGGUGCGUCAGCUGGAGCGGGACAACGCGGAGCUGGAGAAACUCAUCCAGGAGCGGUCCCAGCAGCAGGAGCCCUUGCUGUGCCCCAGCUACCAGUCCUACUUCAAGACCAUUGAGGAGCUCCAGCAGAAGAUUCUGUGUGCCAAGGCUGAGAAUGCCAGGCUGGUGGUGAACAUUGACAAUGCCAAGCUGGCCUCUGACGACUUCAGAAGCAAGUACCAGACGGAGCAGUCCCUGAGGCUGUUGGUGGAGUCGGACAUCAACAGCAUACGCAGGAUCCUGGAUGAGCUGACCCUCUGCAAGUCUGACCUGGAGUCCCAGGUGGAGUCCCUGAGGGAGGAGCUGAUCUGUUUGAAGAAGAACCAUGAGGAGGAGGUUAACACCCUGCGCUCCCAGCUUGGAGACCGCCUCAACGUGGAGGUGGACACUGCCCCCACUGUGGACCUGAACCAGGUCCUGAACGAGACCAGGAGUCAGUAUGAGGCUCUGGUGGAAACUAACCGCAGGGAAGUGGAGCAAUGGUUCGCCACGCAGACCGAGGAGCUGAACAAGCAGGUGGUAUCCAGCUCAGAGCAGCUGCAGUCCUACCAGGCGGAGAUCAUCGAGCUGAGACGCACGGUCAAUGCCCUGGAGAUCGAGCUGCAGGCCCAGCACAACCUGCGAGACUCUCUGGAAAACACGCUGACGGAGAGCGAGGCCCGCUACAGCUCCCAGCUGUCCCAGGUGCAGAGACUGAUCACCAACGUGGAGUCCCAGCUGGCGGAGAUCCGCAGUGACCUGGAGCGGCAGAACCAGGAGUACCAGGUGCUGCUGGAUGUGCGUGCCCGGCUGGAGUGUGAGAUUAACACGUACCGGAGCCUCCUGGAGAGUGAGGACUGCAAGCUCCCCUGCAACCCAUGCGCCACCACCAAUGCUAGUGGCAACUCCUGUGGACCCUGUGGCACCUCUCAAAAGGGUUGCUGUAAUUGAAAAGCUUGUAUCCUCUUUGAAGACAUCUACAAAGCCAUUUAGAUCAACCACAGGAAGGAUCCUCCAGUCCUGACUUUUCUGGAGCUCAGCUGACAUCAAGAAACCUCAUCUUGCCUCUAUGUUAUUUCUAGAAUGCUGAAAAGCUUUCCUGACCCAAGCAAAGACACACAUCAUCAACUUCCAAUGUCUGGACAACUCCUUCCUGUUGAGGGUCGAGCCUCUUUGUUUCUAAAGAUGUUCAGCUCCCUGUAAUCUGAGCUCCAGUUACUACUUAGGGUGUUUCCUGAACAUACUACUGCAUUUCCUGUUUUCCUUUUUUCUUUGGCAUUCUCUGGAAUGCAAGGAGGAGAGUUCAUUUACUUCCCAAUAAACUUCAUUUCUCUGGCAUAA